AUGUCACAAUCCUGCGUCUGGCUUGAUCUGAGAUCGGGGGCUCCCGGACUCCCCGGACCGUACCUCUGCGAGUUUUUCAGUCCAUAUAGAUACCUUGACAGCCUCGGAAAUGUUUGUCCAACGAUAAUUUUAGCUGUCGGAGGCCAGAACAAAAGAAGGUAUAUGUCGAACCAUCUUUCCGUUUCCUACGACGACGUCGAAACCAAUACUAUAACCCUUCGCAAUCUAGCACUGCCGCAUAUGUUGCUGGUAGACGGCGAGCUUCAUCAGCGAAACGAGCUACCUAGGAUCAAAGCCGGGCCGUCGCCAGGACUCUACGACACCCAUGAAAUAAAAAGGGCUCCUAAAAGCGCCGCUGAGAUAUCUUACCAAAUAUACUUCGACGUGUUGGCACCGUUCAGUUCCGCGGUACUGCUCUUCGUCUCCGAUCUCAAUGGGACCGACGUUACGGUAGAUGUACUCGCACAGUGGGCAAAGCGAAUGAUGGCCUUCCCGCCUGCAGUUUUGCCCAAGGUGCUUUUGUUUUUUGACGACAGUCCGGCUCCAAACUCCGCAGACAUCCGACAACAAAUAUCGAUGAAGCUCCUUGAAUACCUUCGUCUAGGGCCAAACAGUACAUACACAUUCUCGGAUGCGAAAAGGAUAAUCAGCAACUCCUACGACAUCCACGUUUUGACAAAUCGCCCUAGCGACGACCUUUGGGAUAAUCUGAUCUCCAUAACUGACAAUGCGGCAUCACAACGACAAGACCUAAGGCUACACUUUUCUGCAACCCAUCUAAGACAAUUGGUCCAGGCUGCAAUUGUGCAUUUCUCUGGCCGUCUUGUCGGUCCGUUCAACAUCUACCGCGCCUCGAGAGCAAACAACCCCGUGCCUGAGACCUUACGUGAAUGCGUGUCCAAUUUUGUACGCUUCACAACGCAGAAGCACGUCGAUAGUGCGAGGGUAGUCGCAUCAGCUCUCGUGAUGGACGCUUAUCCACCUGGGAUGCAUCGUUUCUAUCCAUUGGACCUGUACAGGGAUCUCUAUGAACCCAUACUGUUGGCAGUUCAAGGAAGCGAAGCGCUACCAGACUUUUCCUGGACCGUGAAGGCCCAUUUUGUCGAGAUGGCCAACCAACGCGAGAGAGAUCAACCUUGGGAAUUCCAGGUGUACCAUUGUCCUCUGUGUCAUCGCCCGAAUCAGGGUACCUUCAAGCUUAUACCGCAAACCGCUGGAGUACGAGUCCUUAAGCUUGACUACACUGCAGACUGGUUGCGACAAGUAUCAGAGAAGCUUCUCGCGGAUCUAUUCUUCAUUGAAAUUACCAGAGCUCCGUGUUUCUACUCUGCGCCGCGAAUCCUCUCUGUACAGCUCCGCUGCCGUGUACAGUCCGCCCCCGCUCUUAUGGACUUGGUUAUGAAGCUUCACGCUCAGCAGAUGCAUAUUUAUUACCGAGGGGACGAGGUUUCCUACAAGCAUGGCGCGCUAUGCACCCCUGCACUUGUGGAGAGGUGCAAAACUGCUCAUUCGUUUGUCAAGGAGAUUACAGUAACUGUAGAGUCUUUGAGAUCAAGCAUCGACAUAAGGAUUGGCCGAACACGGAAUGAGUGGCAGAGCAUCAGUAAUUGUCCGUACAUCCUUGAGCAGCUCAUCCAUGACCAAGGGCUGAAUGGUAGGUUUGGAGGAAGUGGUCGUCAGCCUCCUACGCCACCUGGUGGGAGAGUUCCAUUAGGCAACGAGUUGGAUAGAUUGCAGACCGUUCUUGCUCCUCUUGUCAAGACGUCUCGCUAG